AGAAUAGGCCAAAUCUGAAGUCCUUCCAAGGGUGUGGCUGUGUUCAUCUUAUUUCCCCAGACCAAGCGGAACAGCGGGUAAGCGUGAGACGGACAGACAGAUCCAGCAGCCAGAGGACACGGUGGACAGAGCGGAGCACUGUAGACAACAUGCCAUUCUUCGGGUCCAAGUCCUUGCUGCUUGUCAUGGCUCUCACUAUUCCCUCUGACUGGCUGCCCCUGGGGGUCAGUGGCCAACGAGGAGAUGAUGUGGCUGAGACAUUCACAGAAGACCCUAAUCUUGUGAAUGACCCUUCUACAGAUGAAACAGUUCUGGCUGAUAUCACACCUUCCACAGAUGACCUGGCCUCAGCCGGUGACAAAAAUGCUACUGCAGAGUGCCGGGAUGAGAAAUUUGCUUGCACAAGACUAUACUCUGUCCAUCGGCCAGUCAAACAGUGUGUUCAUCAGGUCUGCUUCACCAGCUUGCGGCGUAUGUACAUCAUCAACAACGAGAUCUGCUCCCGACUUGUCUGUAAGGAGCACGAGGCUAUGAAAGAUGAGCUUUGCCGGCAAAUGGCUGGCCUGCCUCCAAGACGACUCCGUCGCUCCAACUACUUCCGACUUCCUCCCUGUGAAAAUAUGAAUUUGCAGAGACCCAGUGGUCUGUGAUCAUCAAGGAAGAAAGAAGAACGUGUCGGGGAGAGGAAUCAGGCAUUCCUUCUCCUCCAGCCACCGUCGUCUGUCCCAGAAACAUGUAUUUUUUAAAGUAAGCCCUUUGCAAUGUCCAGGCUUUGACGCUAUGCUCUAAUUUGCACCGGAACUGGUAACUCUUGUCUCAUUUUGCAAAACUGA